AUGUCUACAACCUGGAAUCCAACCUACCCCUGGGAAAACCAAAGUCAAGAUGUCACAAGCAACGGUGCAGCACGAUUCAAUUUGCAAAGAGGCGACUCGGACGCCAUAACUCUCGUCGACGAGCAUGAGAAAAACAACAACCCAGGCGAGAGAAAAAGUUCCGUCAAUGCAGAGGUCCGGGAAGGGAGUCCACAAGACGGUGUCGACACUCGUCCCACGAGAAAUCAGCACAAUGGAUGGGGACUAGAUGACGAGAAGGAGAAUCUGAGUAAAGAAGAACGAAAAGCACGCUUUGAAGAGGCAGAAAGGGAGUUGAAACGUAUUGUUCCGGUUCCGACCAAGUACCCCAGGGUCAUGGCUUUGAUUCCUAUGAUGGGACUGGCGGUUGCCUCGAUGCUUUUUGUUGUCUCGGGGAGUUUGGUAUGUCUCACUCUUCUCAUACACUCACAUACCCAGAUAUUAACCCUCAAUCUCAAUAGUACAUCAAAACCUCCCAACUCUCCCGCCAAAAACACGAAGAUGCCGCCAAAUCCAUCCAAGCCACCUCCUACGCCCUCUGCUGGGGUGCCUUGAUGGUCACCCUCCUCACGCAAAUCACGUUCCAAUUCGUGCUCUUGAAGCCGCUGCAGAAACGCAUCUUGAAGUUGUAUGAGGAGAGGUAUCUUCUUGAUCCUGCGCAAUUGGCUGCCCUAGGGUGUGGGGACUUGGAGGGCAGAGAGCAGAGGAGAGAUGAUGGGGAGGGGGUUGAUGGGUGGGUUAGAGCCGCGGUUGUGAAGAGGGCUUUUGGGAUUGUGCUUCCGUGGCCUAGGGUCCAACUUGCGAUUUGGGUUUUAGCGCCGGUUUUGGCGGUUGUUAUGUUUUUGGCUUCUUAG